AUGGCCGCCUAUACCGAUGGCGACACUCAACCGGAGGGGAUACCUGAGAGCAUCACCAGAACACAGUCAAUCGAUGAGAAUGGCCAUUUACAAGACGAAGAGACUCCCUUACUGCCGCCACUCGAGCCCAGAUUGAAGGCUUUAACGAGUAUUGGAACAAUCAUCACGGUGCUUCUGCUUGGCGAGUUUAUCUCCAACGCCGAUGCGACCCUGGUGAUGGCAGCAGCAGGUCGUGUCUCCUCCGAGUUCAAUCGACUGCGCGAUGCCAGUUGGCUCUCGACGGGCUAUACGUUGGGUCUUUGCACGGCGCAGCUAAUGUAUGGGAAACUGAGCGAUAUCUACGGUCGCAAACCGUUAUUACUGCUCUCCUACAUCUUAUUUGCGGCAGGGUGUAUCAUAAGUGGCGUCGGAUCCCACAUAUGGGAGGUCAUUCUGGGUCGCGCGAUCAGCGGCAUGGGUGGCGCCGGUAUCAUAACGAUCAGCGCAAUUAUCAUUACAGAUAUCGUCCCAAAGCGAGAGGUCGCAAGUUGGAGAGCGUAUGUGAAUAUUGCCAUGACCCUUGGCCGUAGUCUGGGGGGUCCAGUGGGUGGUUGGCUGAGCGAUACCAUCGGAUGGAGAUGGCUGUUUAUCCUCCAAGCACCCUUCCUCGUAGUAGGUGCAGUGCUUGUGAUCGUCAAACUGAACAUCGGAGAGGAGAAAGACUUCGCCUUUGACAACCGUUCUGGCAGGCUAGAUCUCCUAGGAAUAGGCUUGUUGGGCGCAUCUAUCAUCGCCAUGACAACGCUUCUUGACCAAGGCGGAAAAUCCUUCCCGUGGACUUCAUGGUGGACGGUCUUUCUGGGGAGCGGCGGAGUAUUACUUCUAGUCGCCUUCGUGGUCGUGGAAGCCUAUGUCGCCAGCGAGCCCAUUUUCAACCUCCGCAUCCUUCGCCGGACGAAUGUGUCAGCCGCAUACAUCAUCGGUGCACUUCAGACUGCCGCACAGCUGGGAAUGAUGUUCGCGAUACCAUUGUACUUCCAAAUCACCCAACGAGCAUCGACCACGGUAGCAGGUGUUCAUCUCGUACCAGCAGUGGUGGGGAAUGCUCUUGGUGGAUUAUUAGCUGGAGUGUUCAUCCGACGGACAGGUCAAUUCAAGAUCCUUCUGGUCAUCGCCGGCCUCGUGGCCUCCCUGUCCUACCUUCUCCUGUAUCUCUACUGGGAAGGCAAGACCGGCUUCUGGCAGUCGUUGUUUAUCCUUCCCGGUGGCCUGGGAACUGGAAUCUCGGCGGCAUCAUCAUUUAUUGCCAUGUCCUCUAUGCUACCACCCGAGGAAAUGGCCAUGGCAACUGCAGGAUACAUGCUGGUGGUCGGAUUUUCCAUAACAGCUGGUGUAACUACCUCCAACUCAGUUUUGGGAAUGGGAUUCCAGCGAGAACUGAGCAAGAAUCUUCAUGGGCCUGGUUCGGAAGAGAUCAUUAAGCGCGCGAUGUCGGAUACGAAUUAUAUCGCCCAUUUGAGUGGUCAAGUGCGCGAGAUCGUGGUCGCCUGUUAUGUUUCCGGGCUUAAACAUACAUAUCGUGAGUUAGGAGUUGAUUCUAUUGUGCUACUAGGCUGCCUCAUGCUGACUGUCUAUAGUGGUCUCCCUGGCCUGUUCACUUCUGGCGUCGUUUAG